CUCUCUUUUGCGAGUGACUCACUCUCGAAGGAAGGAUGUUCGGUUUGUCCAGUCGGAGACCGCUUUUCCUUUUUCUAUCAUGCAGCCAUGAGUUCCGAUGAAAGGGGAUGAUUUAUUGAUUAUAACACAACCUUCCUUCCUGUCAUACCUCCUACGUCUUUCCAGGCAACAGUCGAAAUACUUUGAUACACCCCAUCGUCCAUACCUUUCGACAAUGACUUGAUGGUUGGAUCGCAGUCCGUGUGAUACGUAUAUCCAUUGCAUCCAAACACAGACAUAAAUAUUCUCAGCCACGAGGUUUGCAACCAUGUUUGCCAACGGUCACGUCCACAGCCAUCACAAACACCUCAAAUGGUCCAACAGACAACCCCCCGUCCUGACUGUCUCGUCCGGCGAUGUCGUCACCUUUGACCUGAUCGACAGCAGCAACGGCCAAAUCACGAUUGACUCCGAUACUUCUUCACUCAAUUCCUUCCAGUUAGAGCUUGCCGAUCCCGCUGUCGGUCCUGUGUACGUCCGCGAUGCCGAACCAGGCGACGCGCUCAAAGUCGAGGUCUUGUUCUUGGAAAUGGGGAACUGGGGAUGGACAGCCGUCGUUCCGGGGUUCGGUCUUUUGGCGGAUGAUUAUACGCAGCCUGAUUUGAAGAUAUGGAAAUUCGACCCGGAGGCUGGUUACGCCGAGUUGAAACCCGGGGUGCGGAUAAUGGGUCUUGCGCCGGGUGCGGAUGGGGAGUUCUCUACCAUUCCGCCCACGGUAGUUGGAGGAAAUAUCGACUGUCGUGAUAUGGUGGCUGGUUCGGCACUUUAUCUACCUGUUCAGGUACCAGGGGCAUUGUUCAGUUGUGGCGAUGGCCAUGCGGCACAAGGCCAUGGAGAAGUCUGCGGAACAGCCAUUGAGACGAAUAUGAAGGCAAAGAUACGACUGACGGUGUGCAAAAACUACCCUUGGGUUCAGUCACCACACUUGCAGCUCCCUCCUCAACCGCCUGCACCGUCCGCAUUUCCUGAUAAAGGACAUUAUGCAACUAUGGGAUUGGACGCAGAUAUGUUGCAAGCCACUCGUAAAGCAACGCGUGCCAUGGUUGAAUGGUUGGUAGCUACCAAAGGACUUACUCGGACGGAAGCAUAUAUCUUGGCUAGUGUUGCUGGGGAUCUCAAACUUGCAGAGGUGGUUGAUAUGCCUAACUUUGCAGUUACCAUGAGCAUGCCGGUGAACAUUUUUUCUUAGUCUAUCUCUCGAGACGAUAUAUGUCGCGCGAGAGGAUUUUUAUACUUGUUUGGUGUUGGUGGAAGUUUCACGCAUUAUUCAUAUCUGGUGUUUAUUUGACUGUUUCUCGCCUGGAAGGUUCUUUGCAUUUCCCGUCUGCUUUCAAGCGAAUGUACAUAUCUAUUUCUGGUGGCAAUAUCUAUUUCAUGACACUCAAUUCAUACUCUUAAUCA